UCAUUUAUUUUUCCGUUUCUCACCCAUGCGUCGGUGUGUACCAUCAUCGUAAUGACGCCAUAACACAAUGAUUAUCAUAAUGAAAAUUCUUCUAAUGAUUCUUGUUUUAAAUGCUAACAAAGCUAAAAUAAUAUAUGAAGAAGAUACACACCAUACAAAUCUGAUAUUGAACAAAAAGAAUGAAAAUCCAAGUGAAUUUGCGGAAGCACACACAAAACACGAUGAGCAAAACAAUUUGAAGUUAUUUGAUUAUGAAGCUGACACGGCAAUUGACUUUAAUAACCUUAUUGAUAUGAACGAUAUAAAUGAUAUUUUUCAACCAGGAGACGAUGAAACAAUAAAUAGGCCAGCUGAUAAAGUAAUUCAAAUAAUAUAGGUUUUUAAAUAAUUAAUAAAAAGUAUCAAAUUUUCAAAA